UCCUCCAUCAAACCAACCAAAUGAAGGCAAUCAAAAGAUAUCUACUUGAUGUAAAGAACAUAAUAUACAAAAGCAAAGCAAAGGUAGCCCUUUUCUCAAUCUUAGCUCUGAUACUACUAAUAACCAUCCCCCCUUAUUUCUACCCGUUGCUACACCAAUUAUUACCUACUUCUUCUAGUGUCAAUGUUCGAACAAGUGUUAUGUACCGAAGUUGUGAUAUUUUCAAAGGGCGAUGGGUAAGAGACCCAAAAGCUCCAUAUUAUACGAAUGAGAGUUGUUGGGCUAUUCAUGAUAACCAAAAUUGUAUGAAAUAUGGGAGGCCUGAUAAUGAGUUUAUGAAAUGGAGGUGGAAGCCUGAUCAAUGCGAGCUGCCGAUAUUUAACCCUGCACAGUUCUUGGAGAUUGUUCGCGGUAAAUCGAUGGCUUUUGUAGGGGACUCACUGGGGAGAAACCAUAUGCAAGCUUUAAUGUGUCAGUUAUUAAGGGUUACCUAUGUCGAAGAUGUAUCUCCUACUACUGACUACAAGUCAAGAACCUGGCUAUUUCGAGCCCACGAUUUCACUCUCGCAAACUUCUGGUCACCAUUCUUAGUAAAUGCCAAUGAAGCCGAGCCCAACGGUGAUCCUCUCAAUGGUGUCUACAACCUCUAUCUUGACGAACCAGAUAAGAACUGGACAAUGCACAUUAACAAAUUCGACUAUGUGAUAAUUUCAGCAGGCCAAUGGUUCUUUAGACCAGUCAUUUACUACGAAAACAAUAAACUUAUCGGUUGCUAUUCUUGCAACCAAGCCAACAUAAAUAAUCUUCCAAUGUACUAUGGAUAUGCAAGGGCUUUUAGGACUUCAUUCAAAGCCUUGUAUGGUCUAAAUGGCUUUAAAGGUAUGACAUUUCUUCGCACAUUUUCACCUGCGCAUUUUGAGAAUGGUGAAUGGAAUAAAGGAGGGAAUUGUAUUAGAAAAACACCGUUUAAGAGUAACGAGACUAGUUUAAGAGGUUUUAUGCUUGAGACUUAUAUGACACAGAUUGAAGAGUUUAAGGAUGCGGCGAGAGAAGCAAAGAGGAGAGGCUUGAAAUUUAGAUUGUUGGAUAUCACAGAAGUUAUGUUAUUGAGAGCAGAUGGGCAUCCAAGUAUUUAUGGGCAUUGGCCACAUGAGAAGGUGUUGCAAUAUAAUGAUUGUGUUCAUUGGUGCUUGCCUGGUCCUGUUGAUGUCUGGAAUGAUUUCAUGCUGGAGAUUUUGAAGAUGGAAAGUCUAAGUUCAUUUUUCAGUCAUAUUGCCAAAAGAGCAAAGAAUGAGCCAUGACAUAUAGUUUGUAUUCAAUAAGAUCAUUAUAUGUGUAUCAGCAGUAGACACCAUGUCAAAUAUGUACAUGAAAUAUCAGCAUAAGU